CCCUAUAUCCCUCUCUCGUUUCUCACACAGCCGCCGUAGCCACACAGCAAGCAGCGGAGCUCCCCCCUGGGUACAGGCGCACCGCCCUUCCACAGCAGCGAUCUGUCAAGAUGUACUCUGCAAGCAGGAAAAUUCAAAAGGACAAGGGUGCUGAACCCUCUGAAUUUGAGGAGACAGUUGCACAGGCAUUGUUUGAUUUGGAAAAUACGGUCCCAGAGCUAAAAAGUGAUCUGAAAGACCUUUUCAUAAAUUCAGCAUCUCAAAUUGAUAUUUCAGGAAAUCGCAAGGCCAUUGUUGUUCAUGUUCCCUACAGGUUGAGGAAAGGUUACCGCAAAAUUCACCUUAAGCUUGUUAGGGAGCUUGAGAAAAAAUUCAGUGGGAAGGAGGUUGUUUUGAUUGCCACCCGAAGGAUAGUGCGGCCACCAAAGAAAGGUUCUGCCGUUCAGCGACCUCGCACUCGCACUCUUACAUCUGUGCAUGAAGCCAUGCUUGAGGAUAUUGUAUACCCUGCUGAGAUUGUUGGUAAACGUAUCAGAUACCGAUUGGAUGGGUCCAAAAUUAUCAAGAUUUUCUUGGAUCCCAAGGAGCGGAACAACACCGAGUACAAGCUGGAGACAUUUGCCGGAGUUUACAGGAAGCUUUCUGGGAAAGAUGUAGUGUUUGAGUAUCCAAUUACAGAGGCUUGAAGGAGCUGUUCAGAGUUUUGGUGCUGUUAUUUUUUUUCUAUCAUUCUCUACAAUUGCAUUGAAUAGGUGGUAUUAUUUAAAAAUUUUGAGUCAGAGAGUGGAUUGUGUUUUACACAGGAAGCUGAAACAUUUUUGAAGUUUUAUUCCAUUUUGGUGUGUUCCCUUCCGUCAUGAAAAAUGUUUUGGUUCUAUAACCAUAUACUUUCUAAGAAGUGAAGCUUGUUCUCCUAUGAA